AGGUCGUUGGUUCCUCUCUCUCUCUCUCUAAAAAUGCAGGGCGUUUGGUUCCUCUCUCUCUCUUCCCUCGUAAAAUCCCCUUGAGCAAAAUCACAUGCGACAUCCACGUCAGCCACCCUCGCGCUGCCUGAACCCACCUGCAACCAAAGACUUUCUCUAUCUCCUCCUACCUAAUUCACCCCUCCUCUCUCUCUCUCUCCUCAUGCCGCCAACACAGUCAUAGAGCCCCAAUUUAAACUUCUCUCGCCCUCUCUCUCUCGCUCUCUCUCUCUCUCUACUUGUGUGUCGCAAAAAAUGGUGAGAGAAUUGGAUUACUACAACGUUCUGGAAGUUUCUCCCUCUGCAACAGAGGCCGAGAUCAAGAAAGCUUAUUAUUUAAAGGCAAGGCAGGUUCACCCUGAUAAAAAUCCAAAUGACCCACAAGCAGCUACGAAGUUCCAGGAAUUGGGAGAGGCUUAUCAAAUCCUUAGUGAUCCUGCAAAACGAGAUGCCUAUGACACAUUGGGGAAAGCAAGUAUAUCAAAGGAGGGCAUGCUUGAUCCAGCAACUAUAUUUACCAUGCUUUUUGGAAAUGAGUUGUUUGAGGAUUAUAUUGGACAGUUUGCAAUGGCGUCAAUGGCAUCAUGUGAUAUUUCUAAUGAAGAGGAAGGUUUGAACUUCAAGAAAUUGCAAGAGCAGAUGAAGGUUAUUCAAAGUGAAAGGGAGGAAAAACUUGCUCGAAUAUUAAAAGACAUCCUCAGUCAGUAUGUGAGAGGUGAUUCUGAAGCUUUUAUCAUUCAUGCUGAAUCUGAGGUUAAAAGACUGAUCAAUGCAGCUUUUGGCCUUGAGAUGCUGCAUACAAUUGGCUAUAUAUAUGUCAGACAGGCUGCGAAGGAACUUGGAAAGAAGGCCAUUUACCUUGGUUUGCCCUUUUUGGCUGAAUGGUUUAGAAACAAGGGGCACAGCUUGAAGUCACAGGUCACAGCAGCAAGUGGUGCUUUUGCUUUAUUCAAAUUACAAGAGGACAUAAAAAGACAUCUUGGUGCUGAAAAGGAAUAUAGCGAAGAUGAUAUUGAAACUUUUCUUUUGUCCAAGAAGGGUGUGAUGAUUAGUUCACUCUGGAAGCUGAACAUCAUUGACAUUGAAGCAACCUUGACGCAUGUUUGUGAGAUGGUAUUGCAAGACAAUUCCAUACCAAAGGAAGAAUCAAGAGCACGGGCAAAGGCUCUGAAGAUCUGGGGAAAGAUAUUUCAAAGUGCAUCACUUUCAAACAGAAAUAUAGUCUCAAAUGAUGAGGGAAGAAUUAAGUAUGAUGGACAAGAUUUUACAACCGAUCAGACACCAUCAAGGACACCACCAAGGAUGGGAACUAGUUCAUCCGGACAAAAUUCACCUUACUUCGAAUUUGACAAUACAAGCAAAUCUCCUGGAUAUGCAAGUCCUUACCAAGAUGGAUUGGACUUCUUCAGCAGAAGCCCGGGGGAGUUUCAGGGCAAACAAACUCCUGAGGCUUCACCAAAGCCUUCAUCCCCCUCAAUUUUCCCUCCUAUUCAGAAACUAGGAAAAACUCUUGGCUGCUUUUGUGGAUCAGCUAGCAAGCUUGAUGAGAGGACAUUGUCAUUUGAGUAUGAUAGAAGAUGGAUGGGACAAAAGUGAAGUUUGCAUCUUCUUCCCAUUUGGUUUGAUGUGUAAUAUAGUUCUCAGACGAAGUUGCUUUGAAUCUACCGUUUUUGUAGUCAUAUCAAUUUUCUCCUGAUAUAUUCCACGUGUUUCAAAUCUGGUCUUGAAAGAUGUAAGAUCAAGUAUUAUUGUUUAAAUUGUAAUAGGGCAAUGGUGCUUGCUUAUUUGUAAAUGUACAUUGUUGCCAGUGUAAUGAAAAUUUUGGGACAUCAA